ACAUGCACUAAUGUCCGUCGUCAAUUUCCCUUUUUUCUUUAUUUUUUUUCAACAACUCUCUCAUCUAUUUCCGUGAAACAUCAAAAAUACAAUCCGCCUACAUGAAACUAACUCCAACCGCUGACACUAUGAUUGCGUGGAAAAUCCGGGGAUAAAUUGUUGUUGUUCCCUUUUUCAUCUGGAGAUUACGAGAAGUUUCCAGGGAAAAAGAACAACUGGAGAUGUUAGAAGUCGGCUUGAGAGUGGUCCGAGGCCACGACUGGAAGUGGAAGGACCAGGAUGGGGGCGAGGGUCACGCUGGAACGGUUGUGGAGAUAGGGAAGCCCCCACUGGCCCCGGUGAAUGGCACCACGACUGCAUCCAACUCAGCCGACAAGACACCUGACAAAACGGUGAUCGUCCAGUGGGAUCACGGCUCUAGGAGCAACUACAGAAUUGGCUACCAGGGGUACUACGAUUUACUGGUGUUUGAUAAUGCAGCUGCUGGUGUGCAGCACAACAACAUCGUUUGCGAUGGCUGCAAGCGACACGGGAUCGUUGGCAUCAGGUGGAAGUGCGCGCAGUGCUUCGAUUAUGAUCUCUGCACGCAGUGUUACAUGGAUGAUGUUCAUGAUCUUAGUCAUGUGUUUCACAGGUUCCAGACUGCCAAUGCUGUUGGGGUCGAGUUGACUCCUCGAGAGGGCUGCACGAAGAUCCCCCUGAAGGGAAUAUUCAUCGGGGCAAAAGUGGUGAGAGGGCCAGACUGGGAGUGGAGCAAUCAGGAUGGAGGUCCUGGGAAAACUGGUAGAGUGAUGGACAUUCGUGGGUGGGACAACGAGAGCAGUCGUUCGGUGGCAACAGUCACUUGGACGUCAGGCAGCACGAACGUCUACCGUCUGGGGUACAAGGGCUGCGUGGACCUCUGCUACAUCGAGGAGGCGAGGUGUGGGACGUACUACAAGGAGCAUCUGCCAGUGCUGGGCCAGCCUGUGAUGACGAUGGCCGAGGAUGUCAGUGCGACUCCUUGCACCAGUGCUGCGAGCACCUCCAGUCCGUGUCACUUGACUUUCAACGUUGGGGACAAGGUCAAGGUCUUGAGGGACCUGGAGACCCUGAAGGAGAUGCAGAUUGGGCAUGGGGGGUGGAACCCCAGGAUGGCGGAGUACAUUGGGAAAGUUGGGACUGUUCACAGGGUCACUGACAAGGGCGACAUCAGGGUCCAGUACGAGGGGUGCAACAACAGGUGGACCUUUCAUCCCAGGGCGUUGACCAGGGUCAUCAGCAAGGAGUCCUUCUCUCUUGGGGAUCUGGUGCAGGUUAAGAGCGAUGCUGCUCAGGUCAAGAACUAUCAGCAGGGACAUGGCGAGUGGAUCGAUGUGAUGAAGAGUGCAUUAGGUAAAACAGGGAAAGUCAUUAAAAUAUAUCCGGAUGGAGACCUGAGGGUUACAUUGGACGGCCACACGUGGACAUUCAACCCCUUGAGUGUCACCAGGAUCUCCAGUGGACACGAAGCUGAAUUGAAUCGUCAUCAAGCUCCUACUAUGGAAUCCCCAGUGAUAGACGGUGCAGCGAUAGAAGUGGAGAAGCUCCUGCGUGAUGCAGCUCGUGGUGAGGCUGGUCUCUCCUCAGUCCGUGAGUUCCUCCGCAAGUACUCAGGCAGUGUGGACGCCCGUCCCAGUGGCAUCGGGGGUGGCAAGAAGACCUGCCUCCAGGUGGCAGCCCACCAGGGCAACCGAGAGCUCUGCGUUCUCCUUCUGGACGCAGGCGCCUCCCUCCGAGCAAUAGACGAGGACGGGGACCCCCCUCUGCACUACGCAGCCUUCGGCAAUCAGGCGGGGGUGAUGGAGUUCCUGAUUAAUCGAGGUGCACCCAUUGAUGCUGUCAACAACUCUGGCUGCACUGCCCUCCACGUAUCCGUCAAUAAACAAAACUCGACUUGUGUCAAAGUCCUGUUGCGCCACAAUUGCAACGUUAAUUUACAAGACUCUUAUGGGGACACUGCGCUCCACGAUGCCAUUGGCAAAGACGCCACUGACAUUAUUGAUGCAUUGAUCAACUGCGAGAGGAUUGACUUCACGUUGAGGAAUAAGAGGGGAUUCAACGUCCUUCAUCAUGCUGCGUUGAAGGGAAAUGCACAUGCUACGAGACAACUUAUGACACGAAUUCAGAAUUUGGUGGACGUGAAGAAAGACGACGGCUUCGCAGCCCUGCACCUGGCAGCCCUGAACGGCCACCGAGAGGUCUCCCAGAUCCUAGUCUCCGACCCAGGUGGCCGAGCCACCGUGGACCUCCGCAACAACCGCCGCCAGACCCCCCUCCACCUGGCGGUGUCCCAGGGCCACUGGAGCCUCGUGGAGCUCCUGCUGAACCACAACGCAGACAUCAGAGCGAUCGACGAGGACGGCGACACAGUUCUGCACAUUGCAAUAGCCAAAAGUCGUCACCUGCCUCCGAUAGUUCCUACCCCGGAGAGCAUCCGGGACUCCCCAAUGGUCCACGCCAUCUGGCAGGGCCUGGUGAACGCCAACGGCCCCACCGAGCUCGCCCUGAGCUGUUUCCUCAUCAAUUACGACAGCGCGAGUGGCCUGUACCUCGUGAACGCCAAGAACUCGAAAGGAAAGACUCCCUUCGAUCUUCUGAGCUCCGAGAGGAGUGAGGGGGGCCUCCAGGACCUCCUGAUGUCUUACGUGCACUCCAGACACAGGCGGAGGGACCUCCUGGGCCUGGAGAUGGGGGUGAACGUUGUUUCUGAAGGGCCUGGGGCUGUCGACUCCCUGGAGACCACUCCAGAAGAGGCGAAUGACACUGAGGUCCUCGAGGAGAUGAGGAACGACCUGCGCAGCUCGACUGGACACGACCAGGGCGAGACCUCUGGCCUCCAGGAGACCCAGGGCGACGAGAAGGUGGAAUUGACGGAGAGAGAACAGAACAAAGACUUGGAGAGGCUGAGGUAUCUGGAGACCAGGGUCGCUGACCUGGAGGAGGCCAACAUGUGCAGCAUCUGCAUGGAGAGGAGGAGAAAUGUCGCUUUUCUUUGUGGACAUGGCGCGUGUGAACACUGCUCCGCACCACUCAAGACUUGUCAUAUGUGUCGGAAAACUAUUACCAAAAAAAUCAAUCUUUAUUAG